AUGAGUAACACGGACAAAAAAGGAGAAGAAAGCGACAUAUUCGCCGGUUUCCACACCGCUUAUAAAUCUUUUGCAACAGAUGCCAUACACGUCGGUCAGGAGCCGGAGCAAUGGAAAUCAAUGGCCGUAGUACCGCCGAUUUCCCUUUCUACGACUUUCAAGCAACACGCUCCAGGAAACCACGCUGGGUUUGAAUACAGCCGGAGCGGAAAUCCCACCAGAAACUGCCUUGAAAAAGCUGUAGCAGCACUGGAUGGGGCAAAGUACUGCCUUGCUCUCGCUUCAGGACUGGCAGCCACGGUGACUAUCACUCACAUGCUCAAGGCAGGUGAAGGAAUCGUCUGCAUGGAUGACGUGUAUGGAGGCACAAACCGCUACUUCCAAAGAAUCGCAGCUGAAGUCGGCCUGGAUGUGUCUUUUGCUGACUGUACAAAUCCAGAACUGCUCAAGGCUGCUCUGAAGCCAAAUACUAAGCUGGUGUGGAUCGAAACACCCACCAACCCCAUGAUGAAGGUGGUCGAUAUCAAGGCCUGUUCUGAUUUGGUCCACGAGCACAACAAAGACAUAGUGGUGGUUGUGGACAACACCUUCAUGUCGGCCUAUUUCCAGCGCCCCUUGGCUUUGGGAGCUGAUAUCUGCAUGUACUCAGCCACCAAAUACAUGAAUGGUCACAGUGAUGUGGUGAUGGGUAUGGUCUCCGUAAACAGGGACGAUCUGUAUGAGCGACUGAAGUUUUUGCAGAAUGCACUGGGUGGUGUACCGUCUCCUUUUGACUGUUUCCUGUGUAACCGUGGAUUGAAGACACUCCACUUGAGAAUGGAGCGGCACUUUAAGAAUGCCAUGGCUGUUGCCAAGUUUCUGGAGGCUGAUCCGAGGGUGGAGCGUGUCCUCUACCCAGGCCUGCCGUCUCACCCCCAGUACGAAGUGAUGAAGAGACAAUGUACUGGGUGUCCAGGGAUGAUCGCCUUCAACAUUAAAGGGAAACUUGAGCAUGCUACCACCUUCCUCAGCAGCCUCAAAAUGUUUGCAAUUGCCGAAAGUCUUGGUGGAUAUGAAAGUUUAGCAGAACACCCGGCGAUUAUGACCCAUGCAUCAGUGCCAGAAAAUGAGAGGAAUUUGCUGGGCAUCAGUGACACGCUGAUCCGGCUCUCUGUUGGACUGGAAGAUGAAGCCGACAUCAUUGAAGACCUGGAACAGGCUCUGGCUGCUGCUCAUCCAAAGAAAUGAAAUGUCUUCAGAUGACAUCCUCGAGGGUGGAGGAAUCACAUUUGGGAUGGAAGACCCGAGUUACCUGAAGUCUUGAACCUUUGCAGAUCAACAUGUGGGACCUCAGUUCAGUGAGAUUCACCUGUCAGGGAACAGCUUGUUCUUGGUGGGGGAAAAAACAGCCAAAAAACCCCCCCUAAAUAAAUCAUAUUUGUGAUUAAUUGCAACAGUUUUUACAUGAGAACAACUCUAAUGCUUUUACUAGAGCAUCU